GAAAUUAAUGUAGCAAAAAAAAAAAAAAGAUUAAAAAAAACAAAAAAAAACGAACUUACUGAUAUAUGACAAAAUAGGAGUCGUUUUCUCUAUUGGGUGGACAGCGGCAAAGAAAGAAGCUACACGCAAAAAAAAAAAAAAAGUGUAAAUAUAAGUGUCAGCACAAAGGCGAACGCAGAGGUUAACGAAAAGGUCACCACAAAGGUGAAUGAAAAAGUCACCGCGCAGGUCAGCGGAGGAAUACGCGCGACAUAUACGCUUAUACCCCGCGCGCACAACCCAAACUUAACCCCACUUGGUACGAAGAGGAAAAAACAAAAUGGGGGUGACAAGCAACUGUUUAGCUGUAAACUCGUGUAGAAGGGCCCUAAAUUAUUUGAAAGAGAAGUGCCAAAAUAUAGACAUCUUCAAUGUGACUGGAACGACAAGCAUAAAUGAUGAGACAAUAAGGGAAUUUAUAAAAUCGAGCUUUUUAUCCCCAAAUGACCAACAGAUAGUAGAAAUGUUUAAUGAAAAAAAAAUAAAUAAAAUUAUGUUAAUUAAUUAUAUGGAGAGGAAAGUAAAAACAGUACUUCAAGGAAAAAUCCAUUUAUUGUUGGUACUUGCUUCCCCCAUUUGGAUUACCUACAUGUUACACAUAUCGAAAACGUUAUGGGCAAAGAUUUUUACCUCCAUUGCAGCUUUAUGUAUGUUUUUUAAUUUUUUUGCUUCCUUCCUACUUCACAAUUUUGAAUGGAAACCGGAGUUAUUUUUCUUGAUUGAGAAGAUAGAUCACAUGGGUAUUUUCUUAAUGAUCAGUGGAUCCUGUUUACCAGUCCCAGCUCUCCUAUUUAACAAGCUAAAAUUUUUAUAUUACAUUAUUCUACAAGGGUUGGCCUCUCUCUUUGGGUGCUUAGUCAUCUGCUUCAGCUGCUUCAGUACGGGCAAUAGGAUUACGCGGGCCUGCACUUAUGUCAUAGCUGGGUUUUUGCACGCCCUGUUUUUGAAGGACUAUUUAAUGGGCCUCGUCCCCAAGGAGAUCAUGUUUUUCAUUUUUCUGGCUGCGCUCUACUGCGUGGGGGCCGUCAUCUACUCCAUGAAGAAGCCCAACAUCAUUAAGGGUAGCGGCACAUGAGCUCUCCUGCCGUCUUCCCCAAUGCGUCUCAACAUGGGCAUGUCAACAUAUGCACUAUAAAAUAUGCACUUCUGCUGCGUUCCCAAAUGUAUGUCAACAUGUGCACUAUAAAAUAUGCACUUCUCCUCCCCCCCCCUCC